AUGCUCUCUGUGUGGUUGCAGGGAAAGUUCUAUCUGGUCAUCGAGGAGUUGAGCCAGCUGUUCCGAUCGCUUGUCCCCAUCCAGCUGUGGUAUAAAUACAUCAUGGGAGACGACUCCUCCAACAGCUACUUCCUAGGAGGGGUCCUGAUUGUUCUCUACAGCCUCUGUAAGUCAUUCGACAUCUGUGGUCGUGUGGGCGGAGUUAGGAAAGCCCUGAAGCUUCUCUGCACCUCUCAGAAUUACGGCGUCCGGGCCACUGGGCAACAAUGCACGGAAGCUGGUGAUAUCUGUGCCAUCUGCCAGGCUGAGUUCCGGGAGCCUCUGAUCCUCAUGUGCCAGCACGUGUUCUGUGAAGAGUGCCUCUGCCUCUGGCUGGACCGGGAGCGCACCUGCCCGCUCUGCCGCUCGGUUGCCGUGGAUACCCUGCGCUGCUGGAAGGACGGGGCCACUUCGGCACACUUCCAGGUGUAUUAGGGCUGAGGGACGAGGAAUCCCAGCUCCCAGGCACGCUCUGGGAGCCGAGGGAUGGCCCGCGUGAUUGGGUCCGGCUCUGCGGACUUCCUGGAACACUGGCCUCAAGCAUUUACGAUCGUGCCUCCUGCCUUUCUCCACCUCCUUCCCUAAAGCCAGGCCCCUGUCCUCCCGACCUUCACCUUCCUCUUCCAUUCUGUGGCACAGUGCGUGCAUCCUUGGUGCGGCCGUUCUUCCCCUACAAGCCUCCUGACUCAGAUCUGGCCUCUUCCCAUGUGGGUCUCCUGCCCCCUCCAAGGGAAGGGACUGGUGAUAGACAGGUUACUUUAACUCGUGGUGACCUGAUGCUGCGCCCGGGAAAGGGCCUGGAGAUCACUGCCUCUCCCCAGGAGGCGCAGGUCUGCAGAUUAGAAUCACUGUGGAGCAUUUCCCAAAUACAAGUGCCGGGCCCCACCUUGUCCUUGCAAUAAUUGAGUGUGCCAAGCACGUCAUGCCAGCUAAGCAUCCUGCUUGGAUGACCUCUUGUAAUCCUCUCAACAGCCCUGGGGUGGAGGUCCUGUUGUUUCCUCUGUUUUACAGAGGAGGAAACUGAGGCAUGGAGCUCCACGUGGUAACUUCCCCAGGGUCACCCAGCUAGCAGGGGUGGACCCUCUGUCUGGCUUCAGAGCGCACCCUCUCAACCACCAUGCUCACCCACUGCUCAGACACUGCGGACGUGGGGCCCAGCAGACAUGGCUUUUUAGACGCACGAGAGGUGAUUCUAAUGCCCAUCCGUGGCCCAGGUGCAUAGCACAUUUGGUUUGGGCCCCACUGAGGAUGCCAACGGUGAGCACUGGCUCUGGAAAUCUAGCUGUGGCUGGAUUCAUGAAAAGAGUUGGUCUUUAAAAUUACAAUUUUGCUGGGCUCUGGCUGGGAUGCUCAAUCGCAUUUGGGUAUCAGGAAUGGCCAGCUUUGGUCCCGAUGCCGGAAUCACUGGGUCACCACACCUGUCUUCGUUUCUCUCCUCCUCCUUCUGCUCUUGUCCUGUCCCUCACUUGGGGCUCAGCUUGUCUACAGUGCCUGUGGCCAUCGCCUUCUCCCCUGGUGGCCCUGAGAGCAAAAUGAACGACCCACGUUAUGGGUUUUUCCACAAGCCAGGGUGGAGGCAUAGGAUGCAGUAGCAUUCAGGGUGUCUGUCAUCUCUAUAGCAGAGCUGCUGAUCUCUGUAACAGAACAGCUUCUCCACCUGUGAGACCCUCCCUGCUUUGAAUGUGGGACAAGAUGGGACAGGUGAUCACUUAGAAGCUUCUGGAAUCUUGCCUGCCCCUAACCCUCUCCCAACUCUGCUCACUCACCGUCAACCUCAACACAAUGGGCUGGUGCCCGUGGCAUUACAGAGACAUCAAUCUUGUGGCUCGUGAGCAGAUUAACAACAAAGCCCCAGCAGAAAUGGUGGGAGACUGGCUGCCACCUUGCUCUCCGCCAGUAAUAACAAGCCCACCCCAUCCCUAGCAGUUUCAGGACGUUUGCCCCCAUGUGCUAUCAAGCCGGGACCUUUUCCUGUGCCUGACAUCCCUGGCUCUUUCCUGGUACCCAGCAAGACAUCCCUUCCAGGGCAGCAUGACAUCUUUCAAGCUCUGUUACUAUGGCAAUGGCUACAGCGAUGUUACAAUCCCACUUGCCUGGAUAAUCAAGUCGGAAGGGGAAGCGGAGGGAAAGGGGGCCGGGUGGAUGCGGCUGUUCUGGUCCCCCUGCCUUGAGGAAGAACCAAAGGGAAGCAACAGGAGCUUCUGUGGCUGAUUUUUAUCAGAAAGAUCACCCUGCCUGCAGAUGCCAUCAAAGAGACACAAGAAGUCGGAGCUGGAGAAGAUUUAUUAACGUGCUAGCUUGUGACAGAGCGGAAUUCUGAUUCCAAACUCUGCAUGACUUUGGGAAGUCACUUCACCUCCCCACAGCCAUCUCCAGGAUGAUGAAACCUUGUGUAUUAUCUGCUGGAGCCAGGGACACUAACAAUGUAGAGUAGUGGGGAAGGCACCCGUGGUUUUGCCAAGUUUACUCAUGCCACCAAAAAAAGAGAAAAGAAACCCACACAUCUCUAACGAUCUUCAGAUAACGAGCCAUGCCUCUGACGUUAUAAACAGUGGGGGAUACUUGGGGGCAGGUGGGAUGAUUUCGUUUAGGAUUUUACUUAUUCAUUCCCUACCCUCUGGGGGAAAGUUCUGUCUGGAGGUUUUCUUUUGGAUGGGAGGAACUUCUGCCCUAAGGAGGAACAGCGGCCAGUGAAGAGUCUCCCAAACAUUAGGCUGCAUAGGUUCCCCACCACAGGGUAGAAGCAGCCAAGGAUUGUCACUGGGAAAGAAGAACAUUCUCCAUUGCCCAUCCUGGCUCUGCAACUCCUUUGUUAUAAGCAGGAUUGAUCGCAUAUUGUGUUGGAGUAUCCUGCUCUUAUUUUAUGAUUCACUGUCUCAAGUUCCUGAAACUCUUAGAAAUGGCCCUCUUAGUGUAGAUCUUGGGCAUAAUAAAUGUGAGAAUAAAAAGGCAAGCUUUGGACCUGGAUGGAACAGGCUCAUUACCUUCAUAAGAGGAGAAUGUGAGAGACACUUGGAGGCACCAAGCGCCUAAGACUUUGGGUUGGAAAGAGGACACGUAAAGUGAGUCCUGGAAUCUCUUAGUAAUUUUGCUCUGGGCUGAACAGAACUGCCUUUGGUGUUUUUAACGUUCCCUUAAAUUCCCUUCUGCCAAUAAAUAUCAUCUGUCGAUGAAACUUG